UAAGGCCAUGUUUGACAAGUACUUCACCGGCGGUGGCGAUAGUGUCACCCAAACUGAUCCACAAGAGGGCAAAUACUAUGUCUACUGUGACAAAUCAAACCGUAAUUUCUAUCGAGUUUUGGUAAAAACGGUGGACACGACGGCCGCCAACCAGUCGUUGAUUGUGUUCGUGGACUUCGGUUACGCGGAAGUUGUGGCCAACGAUCGGCUCAUGGUUUACGAGCCGCUGUUUGUUGACUGCCGUCCAUUAGCCGAGCCGUUCAUUUUGGGCGGCGUUUGUCCGCCGAAAAAUCAACCAAAAGGUUGGGAUCAGAUGAAAGUCAAACAAUGUUUGAAACGCUAUCUAAACGCCGUCUUGUGGUUCGCGAUCUACGGCUCCGCACCGGCGCUGGACGUGGCGUUCGCACACCUCUCCAGAAAAGUGGCCAAAGUUUACGAUAACAAUCGUCAGGAGAUUUUGGCCAAAACGCUGUACAACGAGUACUACAACGCGGUUAUCGAUUCCGGUGCCAACAGCGGCGGCGCAAUUAAUGACUCGACACCCAAUUUGAUUGCAAUUGAUUACAUGGAUGGACGGCCGGCACCGGCAUCUGUGACCUCUCAACCGUUGGUCGAAAUACCGCGCGAUUUGUCCAUCGAUUCCAGACUUGAGUCGGCGCUGAAUUUGACCGAAAGCUUCAACACAUCCACUCUAUCGCUGAUAUCGGACUUUAGUCACAGGUUUACGACUGUCGUCGACGGCAUCGUUGACGAGACGGUCGAUUUACUGAAAGACCGACUCAACGGCCGCCGGGCGGACAGCGAAUCCAUGUCCGACACCCAGAGCUGUAGCGAACAGAGCUUUAGAUCACAACCUCUUAAGGUUAGUGCCGAAAAACUGGUCAAUUUAGUGGACAAUUCGGCCAAAUGUGGCGACAAUUUGGACGCUGAGAUCAAUCGCAGUGUUGAAGAAUUGGACGCGAAGAUCAGAUCCAUUACCGGCGAGGAUAAGGCCUGCGAUAAGCAGAGCGUUUUUGGCGAGAGUUCGACCGCGAAGUCUGUGAAGUGGAAUCUGGCCGAAGAUAACGCCACUAAUGACACCAAUUCGGUGACAACUAAUAGCAUGAAUUGCGAGCCGGGAUCUGACGCCGACAUCGACGAGCCCUCUGAUGACCAAUCGGUGAAAAGUGGGCCGAAAAUGACCACAAAAAUCACGCCAAUCAGAAUCCCAGACGCGGACUCACUGCUGACGUCCGAAUUGGACGAUCUAAUGGCGGAUCAAUUGCACGAUUUGUCCAAAUCGAAUGCUGUGGUGAAGAUAUCGAACGCCGAAGACUCGUCGUCCGUGUGGUGUCAACUGCAGAGCUCGGCCGAGACGCUGGAAGCGCUGGUGUCCGACAUG